AUGGAACCAAAUAUAUAUACAACUGACACAAGUAACGAAAAUGGUACAGCAAGCUUUUCUUCUGGGACAACACAAGUUAGUUUUGAAGUAAAUUGUUAUCAAGACACACCUAAAAAUUUAACACCAAACUUAAACUCACUAAAAAUGAAUAAUAAUAAUAAUAAUAGCAAUAGUAAUAUUAAUAGUAAUAGCCUCGCACCUCAAUCAAUUUACACAUCACCAACUAAAAGAGGGAGUAUACCUUCAUUAUCUCCAAUUGCAAAUUCAGAAGAAAGAGGUUUUGGUCAUCACCGAAGAACUCAUAGUAAUACAACAUACCCAGGUUCAAAUAGUAAUGAAAAUAUAAGUGGUUUAUCAAAAAGCAACAAUAAUAACAAUUUAAACGAUAAUCAACAAAAAGAUAUAUGCGAUGAUUUAAAACUAAAAAAUUUAAAUAUAAAUGGAGAUCCAAAUAAUAAUAAUACUAAUGAUAAUAUUAAAUCUACAACAACAACAAACAACAGACCAAAAACACCAGAAUCACCAGAACCACCUAAAAGUCAAGAAGAUGAACAUUCAGAAAAUGAAAAAGAUUCAGAUGUUGAAGAAUUUGUUAUCAUUCAAGAGUUUCAUCAACAAGACUAUCCAAUUUUAUAUGAUAGAUUUGGUUUUUUAGUUGACCAAGAUCAAAUUCAAAAUUAUUUAAUAUACAAAGAUAAAUUUCAUAGGGAAGAGCAAGUAAGAAGAGAUCAGUGGAAUGCAUUUUUAGAAAAAAAUCCAACUGCAUUACAAAAUUUAGUAGUUAAACAACCUCAUUAUAUAGAUUCAAGUUAUCCAGUAGCACAAAUAUCAGGAAGUACAGGAAUUAAAAGUUACAGACAGAAAAUUCCCAAACUCUUUAAAGAGCUAAUUAGGGGUGGUAUUCCCGAAGAAUAUAGGUCUAUAGUUUGGUUUAGAGCAAGUGGAGGAUAUGCCAGACUUUCAGAAAAUCCAGAUGAAUACGAUAGAAUUUUAAGAGAACAUAAAGGCCAGAAAUCAAUCAGUGUAAAACAAAUUAUGAUGGAUGUUGAUCGUACUUUUCCUGAUCACAAGUUUUUAAACACAAAAGAGAAAAUGGAAAGCUUAACCAAUGUUCUAGUAGCAUAUUCUUGGAGAAAUCCAAAUGUUGGUUAUUGUCAGUGUAUGAAUUUUAUAGCGGGAUUUUUAUUAAUAUUUAUGAGCGAGCCCGAAGCUUACUGGACCUUGGUCUCAAUUGUUGAAGAGUUGUUACCUACCGAAUAUUUUACAACCACUAUGAUGGACUCAUCCGUUGACGUUAGAUUUGUUUUUGACGAUUUACUCCAAAAGAAAAUUCCAAGAUUGCAUACACAUUUAACCUCCCACAAUUUAACCCUACCAUUAAUUAUCACACAAUGGUUCCUUUGUAUAAUGGCAACUACAACUCCUACCGAAACCUGUUUUAGAAUUUGGGAUGUAUUUUUUAGUGAAGGUUCAAAAGUUUUAUUCAGAGUAGCACUAUCAUUCUUUAAACUAAGUGAAGAAAAAAUAAUAUCAUGUUCAGACUAUGGCACUCUUUAUAAUUUAAUCAAGAAAAUACCAAGUGUAAUGUAUGAUGCAGAUUUAUUGCUAGAUGUUAGUUUCAAUAGAUUAGGCUCCUUCCCAAUGAAAUCAAUUAUUCAAAAAAGAAAAGAUAGUAAACAUAUUGUUGUUAACGAAUAUUUGGAAUUUCAAAAACAGAAAAAUGGAAAAUAA